UGACAAUCUCUUGAAUUGACGUUCAAUGGAGACUCCUUUUCCAAAAGGUGUUCAUCUCACUGAUAAAGUGGUGUGAGAUUUCUCAGCUGCAGCCGUGGAGCAGCUCAAGCUAAUGGCUUUGGAGGUUGGCUCUGAGGUUUGGGUUCCCUGCACUCAUGAGGUCUGGCGCGCCGGUGUGGUAGUGAGCUUUGAGGAUCAGCCUGAUCAGACGAAAGCCUCACCUUUGAGAGGAAAGAAUGGAAAGAACGGGAAGAGCGUGCAAACCUGGGUGGUGGUGGAGGUGAAAGUGCCAAAAGGCUCUGGAAAGGGUUUGGUGCGGAACCGUGAUCCCAUCCUAACCCGAGAAGAGGUACGUGUACCCCAACCUGUUCCUGGACAAAAGGUGGAACUACACCUUCGCAAUGAGGUGCUGAAAAGGCCCGAAGGUGCACUGCAAUUGCAUGAUUUAGGACAACUGCCACUGCUGCAUGAGCCAGCUGUGCUGCAUGCGCUGGAGCUGCGAUUCCGAGGGGAUUGUGUGUACACUCUCACUGGCCCUAUGCUCCUGGCUGUGAACCCAUUCAGGGCGUUGCCAAAACUCUAUGGCUUCGAACGGCUUCACAGCUUCAUCCAAGAAGGCAAAGGUAGCAAAGGCGAAGAAGAUCAGAAUGCAGAAGCUGAAGGCAUCCAAGAGCCUCAUAUCUUUGGAGUUGCGAAGGCCGCAUAUGAUGGAGUUUGGCAUCGGUCUUUAGGGCAAACUGUGUUGGUUUCUGGGGAGAGUGGUGCUGGGAAGACUGAGACAACGAAGUUUGUGAUGCGUUUCUUGGCGUUGGCGGGUGCUGGUGGCGCUGAGUCAUCGAUGUCAGUGGUUGAGCGACAAGUCUUGGAUUCUAUCCCGGUCUUGGAGGCGCUGGGCAACGCAAAGACACUACGAAAUGAAAACUCCUCUCGCUUUGGCAAGUACAUCGAGCUACAAUUCUGCCCGCCAGAAGGGCUGGCACCCCGACUGAUUGGUGCUCAUACACACACUUACCUUCUGGAAAAGGUGAGAGUUGUACACCAGCAGCAGGGAGAGAGAAGCUUUCACAUCUUCUACCAGCUUCUUGCGGCUGCAAAGACCAGUAGCAACAGCGUCGAGUUCCUUUCGAGUAUGCCAGCCGAGCAGUUGGCUGAGUUGAAGGCGGAGAACUUCAGCUAUUUGCGCAACUCCAAAUGUUUUCACCUGGACUCGGACACAACCGAGGAGCAAACAUUUCUGGAAACCCUCAAUGCCAUGCGCGCGUUUGGCCUUGGUGAUGAUUUGAGUAGCAUUCUAUCCACCUUGCUGGCAGUGCUUUACCUAGGCAACCUGGGCUUUCGCGCGCCCACCGGGAACUCGGAGGCGUCCGAGGUGGAGAGUCCCACGACACCGGUGACGCCACUGGCACGAGCGGCGCAGUUGCUUGGCCUCGACGCCCAGCAGCUCGCGAGUGCUUGUUGCAAACGCACCAUGCAGGCGCCAGGCGAAGGGGUGAUUACUAUGACAAACUCGGUGGAGAAAGCGAUUGAUAGCAGAGAUUCCUUGGCACGUCAUUUGUACGAUGCCUUGUUUACCUUUGUGGUAUCGCAGAUCAAUGCCACGGUGAGUGAGAGUGGUGGAGCUGCCUGGAGUCAGACCGUGGGCGGCAGAUCCAAGCUUUUGCCUUUCGUAGGAGUGCUGGACAUUUUUGGAUUCGAAUUCUUUGAGCAGAACUCAUUGGAGCAGCUGUUCAUCAAUUUCACCAAUGAGUUGUUGCAGCAGUACUUCAACGAGGUCAUUUUCGAACAUGAGGCAGAUCUAUACAGGAGAGAGGGCAUUUCAUGGGAUCCUCUGGACUUUCCUGAUAAUCAUGUGAUUGUGGACUUGGUUGGGGGCAAGCCAGGCAAGUCUCCCUUGGGAAUCCUGCCUAUGUUGGAUGAGGAAUGCAUCACGACUGGCGGAAGCUCGGAGGGCUGGUGCUCCAAGAUGCAGCGCACGCACGGGAGCAAUCCUCACUUUGAAGUGGUGAAGCUCCGACAAAACAACUUCAUCGUACACCACUUUGCAGGGCCUGUGGAGUACACGUCCAAAACCUUCGUGGAAAAGAACCGCGACGCCCUUGGAGCUGACCUGGUGAAAUGCAUGAAGAGCAGCUCAAUGGACUUUAUUUCAAAGCUCUUCCGGGACAGCGACAGAACGUUUGGAACCAAAGAGACAGUGGCGUCUACCGGUGUUCGACGUACCAAAGCCAAGCUGUAUACGGUGUCAUCGGAAUUUCGUGGCCAACUGCAAAACCUCAUGGAGCGGAUUCGUGCCACAGAGCCGCAUUUUGUCAGAUGCAUCAAACCAAAUCAGCAGAAUAUCGCUGGAUGUUUCGAAAGACGAUCUGUGGUCCAGCAGCUACAGUACCAAGGGGUUUUGCAAGCCAUUGAAGUGAGCAGGGUCGGGUUUCCAGUGAGACUCAAACACAGACAAGCUGUGAAGGAGUUCAUUUGUUUGACACCUGACCGCACACAAGUCGAAUCACAAGCAGCAAGGGGACAAUUGUCUUCAGCAGCACGGAUUCUGUUUGAACAUUUGUCAGAGCCACUUUCGCCCAGUCCCCGAACACCCGGGAGCCGCACGCCACGCACACCUCGUCGAUCUGGCAUUGUCAUUGCGCGGCAGACCUGGGCGGUUGGAAAGAGCCUUGUUUUUCUGAAGCGUGAAGCAGUGGAAGCAUUGAGCCAUGCGUUGUCAGCAGUGCGGCGUGCCGCAGCAGUGCAACUCCAGGCUUUUGUGCGCUUUCACCAAGCUCGGAAACGCUUCGAUACCAUUCUAGAGGCUGUUCGAAAGCUACAGGCGAACGGUCGCGGUUUUAUUGCCAGAAGGACGGUCACUGCGAUGCGUAAGAUGAGAGCAGUGGUUCGCAUUCAGAGUUGGCGACGAGGACUGGGUGCACGUAGCAAGGUCAAGGAGCGGAAGAGAGCCAUAGGCUUCAUACAAGCAUGGGGCCGUGCACGUCGCCUGCGAUGGAUUUUUGCUCGGAAGCGUGUUGCCGUGCCCAUCUUGCAGUCUUUCUGGCGUUCCAAGUUGCUUGCCAUUCGUUCAAAGAAGCGCGCUGCAAGUGCCCUGACAAUCCAAAGGUUGUGGUGUGGACACCGUGGUAUUCAAGCGGCUAGGCGUCAGAGAGUGGAGGUAUUUAAGCGAUACAGAGCUGCUCGGCUGAUCCUGAAGUGCUGGCGUAGUCAGGUGUCUUUCAGAGUACUGGAGAAAGAUUUGGAUGAGUUCUUGGGACAAGCAGCCAAAGAUACCAUCACCUUGAAGAUCCAAAGCAGGCUUCAGGAAGCUUCUGAUGGUGAGCUGCAAGGCCUUCUACGGUUUCUGCAAGAAAAGAGCCGGAUGAGGCAACGAGACGUCCAGAAGCUCCAAGCGGAGGAGCAGAUUCUGAGACGAGAGGUGACUGAACUCAACGGUUGGACGUUUCUUGGUAUUCUCAAGCGCCUCGCGAGGCAUAUUUUCGAAAAGAUUUGCCCCCGUGCUCCACUUGGAAACUCUAUCGAGCUCGGGCAGCCAUUGCUGGAUCCGGAAGGUUAG